GCUAAUGGCGGGUAUUGUACAAAACAUGCGUAUUAAUGCUAAUGUUUGCUAUUUGGCUGUCUUAACACCCUUUAGUGAUUUUGUAAGUGUUAGCUCUUUUAUGGUUUGAGUCAUUUUAUAGUAUAAAGAAAGCGGAAGAGUAACAAAGAGCACCGGUGGAGUUUGGAACAGUUUAUCAUGUGGCGGCUCAACGUUAACUAAAGUGUCAAACUGAAACCGGGCAGGAAGACGAUGUGUGUUUGACUUGUGUCUUAGCCUUAAUGUAAGCUAUGCUAGCUUACAGAACCGUCUGUCUGUCUGCUACACCCCCAACGCUGCUGCACAUAAAGUGGAAUUGAUGAGACGAAGAAAGUUUAGCUAGUGUAGAAACUUGGUGCUCAUUCAUUCGACCGUUAGUUUUGCUGGUAGUUAACCCCUGCAGUCUGUUGAACCGGAGAUGAAUUCAGUACUGUUAGGGUUAUUACUAAUAACCGUUAGUACCCAAGUCAACGGUACCUCCAGACUAAAUAUCCCCAAAGUGCUAUUGCCACUUGCAAGAAGUACAAGAAUCAAUUUCACCCUGGAAACGACAGAAGGAUGCUACAGAUGGUCAUCCACCCGACCAGAAGUAGCCAGCGUCCAAGCUGUCGAUGAAGACGCCGGGAGAGGCUGCUCCCGCAGAGCUGUUCUCCAGGCUCUAUCAACUCAGCCCUCCAGGCUGACCAGCAUCAUUCUGGCCGAGGACGUUGUCACAGGACAGGUGCUGCGUUGUGACGCUAUAGUUGACAUCAUCAGCGAGAUCCAGAUAGUUUCCACCACCAGAGAACUGCACCUGGAGGACUCACCACUGGCUCUCAAAAUUCAUGCACUGGAUUCUGAAGGAAACACCUUCAGCACUCUCGCCGGUCUAGUGUUUGACUGGACGUUAAUGAAAGAUGUAGAUGUGAAUGGUUUUUCUGAUUCUUACAAUUCUUUACGGGUACUAAGAUUCUCUGAGUCCACCUACACUCCCCCUGGAUACAUUUCUGAAAUGGAGCGUGUUGGGAAACAGGGGGAUAUUAUCCUGGUGUCAGGACUGAAAACGGGACACGCUAAGCUAAAAGCUAAAAUACAGGAGUCUCUGUAUAAGGAUGUGGGUGCUGCAGAGGUGAGGCUGCUGAUCUUAGAGAACAUCCUGCUGAGCCCAGCACAUGAUGUCUACCUACUGGAAGGAACCACCAUCCGAUACAGAGUCCUGAAACUGAGACAGGGCACGAUCACAGAGCUCUUUCUGCCCUGUGAUCAGUAUGUUCUACACCUUCAGAACAGUGUGGUUGGCCCUAAUGGCAACCCAAAUGUUGCUGUGGCCAGCCUGGAUCAAAGCACCUCCACAGUUACAGCCGUUCAGCUGGGCCACAUCAAUGUGGUGUUGGAUCAUAAGAGUCUCCGAAUGCAAGGAGUGUCUCGUCUGCCCAACAGCACCCUCCACGUGGUUGAAGCAGGCUAUCUAGGUUUUAAAGUCCAGCCAGGAGACAGCUGGAUUCUUGAAACAGGCCGAGUGUAUGAUGUUCUGAUUGAAGUGUUUGAUAAAUCUGGCUACAAAAUUUACCUCUCUGAUAAUGUGCGGAUCGACACCAUUUUCCAUGGGGAGCAUUUUGAAAUCUUGAAGUCUUCUCUGAAUGGAUCAUAUCAUCGUGUGAGGGCUCUCAAAGAGGGCCUAACCCUCAUUGAUGCUACGCUAACAGCCGUUGAGGAUGAGCGUGGAGGAGUCCAUGCCCUCACCAACCCAGUGCACAAUGAACAGGACGUGGAAAUAUACAACCCUAUAGUUCUUAGUCCCAGUAUUCUCACAUUUCCAUGGCAGCCCAAUAUCGGUGCUUACCAGUAUACAAUACAGGCAACGGGAGGGAGUGGAAAUUUCAGCUGGACUUCCUCGAAUACCAACGUCGCCACGGUGACUGUGAAAGGAGUGAUGACCACCGUCACUGACAUUGGCCUCAGUGUAGUCCAUGCCCAUGAUCUGCGUAACCCGCUACACUUCGGCCAAAUGAAGGUGUAUGUUGUCGAGCCUGUUGCUAUGGACUUUGCUCCGUGUCCGGUUGAGGCCAGGUUGGGCUCUGUUUUGGAUCUGCCGCUCAGGAUUUUUGGCCUGCUGGAUGAGCUGGAGGAAGAGCGAGUCAUGCUGAGUGACUGCUCCCACUUUGAUUUGCUGGUUGAGGAGGAGAACCAUGGUGUCUUUGAACUGCUCCACGGGAGGCUGGCUCCAGGCCAGGACCACUGCAGUGGAGUGAGAGCCAAGGCCCUGUCCCCCGGGUACACUGUGCUUUCUGUCAGCUACACUCAUGGCAACGUUCACCUCAGUGCCAAGAUCACCAUUGCUGCCUAUCCUCCCUUAAAAGCAGUUGACCCUGUGGCUGUGGCUGUGGUCACUCUGGGAUCCUCCAAAGACAUGUUAUUUGAGGGCGGACCGCGGCCUUGGGUUUUAGAGCCCUCAAAGUUCUUCUGCAGUUUAAGAGCUGAGGAUGAGGCCAGCCUGAGCCUCACUCUGAUUAGUCCCUCAUCUCACAACUAUAACCACCACUCAGUCAGAGCAACCUGCAAGGUCUUGGGAGAGCAGGUUCUGGAGGUGACUGUGGGAAACAAGGCCAGUGUCACCAAUCCUUAUCCAGCCGUGGAACCUGCGGUGGUUAAGUUUGUGUGUGCUCCACCAUCACGCCUCACCCUGGUCCCUGUUUACAACAGUCCACAGCUGGACCUGAGCUGCCCGCUGCUGCAGCAGAACAAACAAGUGGUACCUGUUUCAAAUUAUCGUAAUCCCAUUUUGGACUUGGCUGCCUUUGACCAACAAGGAAGGAAGUUUGACAACUUCAGCUCCCUGAGCAUCAUGUGGGAAUCAACAAAGGUGUCACUUGCCAGUAUUGAACCCACUGUACCCAUGGAGCUCCAGCUGCUUGAGGAUGGCAACAAACAGACAAAACUUCAUGGACGUCAGACAGUGGUCGUCCAUCAACAGACGGGGAUAGUGGCCAUUACAGCGACUGCUCUUGCAUACCAGGUUCCACAUCUGGAAGCGGCUGAAGUUCCCAGUCCAUAUGACCCUUUGACGCCUGUCUCAGCCACUCUAGAGCUUCUUUUAGUUGAAGAUGUGAAGGUUUCUCCAAACACAGUGACCAUAUACAAUCACCCAGAUGUGCGGGUAAAUAUGGCCCUGCAAGAGGGUUCAGGGCACUUUUUUGUCAAUGCCAGUUUAAAAGGGAUUGCAGAUGUGGUAUUACAGGAGGGCCAAGGGACAGCACAGGUUUCGGCCAUCCAUCCUGGCACAGUGAAGAUAAUGGUUCAUGACCUUUGUCUGGCUUUUCCAGCGCCUGCCAAAGCCACAGUUCAUGUAUCUGACAUCCUGGAGGUUUAUGUCAGGGUGGUUGACAAGGUGGAGAUUGGCAAAUCUGUCAGAGCUUAUGUCAGAGUCCUGGAUGAUCAGAAAAAGCCCUUCCCAUCCAGCUAUUUCAAAUUCAUGAGCCUUAAACUCAAGGCAGCUUCUGCGUUGGUCUCUCUCAAGUCAUUAGCAGAGUCUGCAGAAAACGAUACAGCAGUUUUCCUGGUGAAGGGAGUCUCUAUUGGACAGACCACUCUGUCAGCUGUUGUCGUGGAUAAAAAUGGACGGAAAAUUGCCUCUGCUCCACAGCAGAUUGAGGUGUUCCCGCCAUUCAAACUCAUCCCAAGGAAAAUGACUCUGCUAAUCGGUGCAAUGAUGCAGAUCACAUCUGAGGGUGGCCCUCAGCCACAAUCCAAUAUCCUUUUCUCCAUUUCUAACGAGGAAAUAGUUUCUGUGAGUGCCAUGGGCCACGUUAGGGGGGUUUCUAGUGGAAAUGUCACUGUGACUGGAUUUGUUCAAGCUGUUGAUGCAGAGACUGGGAAGCUGGUCGUCAUUUCUCAGGACCAAGUAGAGGUUGAAGUUGUGGUUUUAACCGCCAUUCGAAUCAGAGCGCCUAUUACAAGAAUGAAGACAGGCACACAGAUGCCCGUAUAUGUGAUGGGGCUCACCAACAGUCAAACCCCCUUCUCCUUUGGCAGUGUUCUGCCUGGUCUGACUUUUCACUGGUCCACCACAAAGAGAGACAUUUUGGAUAUCCAGCCAAGACACAUUGAGGCCAACGUUAACCUUCAGCCAAAGCACAACUUUGGGAUGAAGGUGACGGGAAAAACACGAGGACGAACAGGGCUGAAAGUGGUCCUCAGAGUUACUGACCCGAAGUCACAGCAGUUUGAGGGGAAUCUGCAAGAGCUGAGGGAUGAGAUCCAGAUCCAGGUCUAUGACAAGCUGCACAUGCUUAAUCCUCAAGUGGAAGCUGAAGAGGUGUUGAUAGCUCCAAACUCAGCCAUCAAACUGCAGACUAACAGGGACGGUGUGGGUGCACUCUCCUACCAGAUGUUAGAUUGCCCUGAACAGGUCGUUGUUGCUCAAGUAGACGAGAAGGGCUUCCUCUCCUCCAGCUCUCUCACUGGCACCUCUUCUCUGCUUAUCACCUCACAAGAGACUUUUGGUGUCAAUCAGACGCUCAUGCUCACUGUGAAGGUGUUGCCAGUGUCCUAUGUUCGCUUUACUACCAGUCCUGUCCUCCACACACUCACCAGAGAUGGCCUGAAUGCCUUCCCCCUCGGAGUGUUACUCACCUUUGCAGUCCACUUUCACGCCAGCACUGGAGAGGCCCUACACUGCUCCAACUCCCAUCUUACCUUUUCCACAAACAGAGAUGACCUUGUCCAGGUGGGGGCUGGGCCCAAUAACCACACUCUAACAGUGAGAACUGUCAAUGUGGGCCUCACGCUUCUUGCAGUGUGGGAUAAUGAAAAUAUGGCUGUGGCGGACUAUGUUCCGCUUCCUGUUCAGUACGCCAUUCAAAUGCACGAGGACCAAAGCCUGGUGGUGGGAGAUGUGGUCUGCUUUAAUGUGGAGUUAACCAACUCCGAUGGUGGACGUGGUACUUGGAGCUCCUCAGCUAACGGUAUUCUUCAGAUGGACCCCAAGACUGGUGCUGCUGUAGCCAGAGACUCUGGGACGGUUACGGUGUACUAUGAGAUACCCGGUGUUUUGAAAACGUACAGGGAGGUAGUGGUGGAAGUACCUAACAAGACCACAGCUAUGGCACAGUCUACACCCAUAAGGGCUGGCCAGGAGACAAGGGUUCUUCUAACCACCAGAGAGAGAGGAACCAACCUAAUUGGAACCUGUUCGUCUGCUCAGACUGAAGCCAUUUUACAGCUGCAGCCCCAAACAGCUGUAAGCUGCCUACUCGCCUUUACCAGUGACACGAUUGACUUCUCCCCUAAUGACGUCCUCAGAACCCACAUCGGCUUUGACUCCAGCACCGGCCUCUACACCUGUUUCAUGGCCUUGCGACCCAUGAACGACCAGCAAACGCGUGUGCUCAGCAUAUCCAUGGCCAACCUGCUGGUGAAGGCAGGUCUGGCGGGCAGUGGCUUUGCUGGGCAGCAGGUCAGCGCCAGGCUGCCCAUCGAGCCGGGCUUGUACUCAGACCAGACCGAGCUGCUGCUCUCCAACAUGCACCCAUCUGCUGAGUUUACAAUCUACGGCCCGUCCGUUGCCCUGUCCAGCAUGGAGGUGGUGUCCUCCUCACCCAGCAUUAGCGUACAAGAGAAGGAGGUCCACCAGGACUUCCCAGCUUUCUCAAAGUACUCUGUCAGUGCCGUGGACACACAAACAGCCACAUCAGCCUCUAUCACAAUAAGCAGCACUUCAUCCGGCCAGAGUCUCAUCAUCCCAGUCACUUUGAUUCAUGUGGCUGAUCCCAGCGCUGCCGCACAAGCUGUCCCAGCAGCUGGUAGCAUGGUGGGGGGGCACUCCUUGCACAGCUUCAUAAACUGCUACCAGAUGAUGUUCUGCACCUUGUUCGCUCUGCUGGCGGGAACAGCCAUCGUCAUCAUCGUCCUCCACUCCUUGUUCUCUCCAAGAGAACAACUGUAUCACCCCGCCUUCAUCCAGAGGACGCCGCCCCCCCUCACCGGUUUGAACUCUCCUGUCUCGGGUUCCUUUAACAGUACGUUACCCAGGAUGGAUGCAAACAGCAGUCCCAGGCUGCGUCUCUACUCUCCAAACUACAAAUCCUGAUGAAUCUUCUGCUUUAGUAUGUUGUGUUCUUCGAAAUCACACACAGGCCUUUCAUUUCUGUAGAGUGCCUCUGUCCCUCAUGGUAAGCGCUGAGGGAAUAUGACAAAAAGUGUCUUCUUUUCAAAUAUUGGUACAGAAACCGAAGUGAAAUUUCUUUACAGGAUGGAGGGACAGCUAAAACAUGAUACAAUAUUAUUUCAAGGCUAUUUCUUUCUUUGUUUUUGCCUGGAAAAUGUUCUGUGGUUUGUGUGUGUGUGUGUGUGUGUGUGUGUGUGUGCAUGUAUUUUUGUGGGUUGCCGUGAAAGCCAUAUUUUCUCAAGACCACUUUAUUAUUAACUGACAUGUUUGGAAGAAUGUUUAACUACCCGCUCUGCAGCCUAUGCUUUAAAGAAAGAGUUCCCUUUUGUGUUUAACAUUUUACUGCGUUCUGCUUAUCGUAUUUGGCAUGUGAAAGUCAGAAACUCAGGAGAAACGGUGUUCUUAAUUGAAAAGAAUCAAAGAUUUAGUUAUUUAUUUUUUCUAAGCUGAAGGUGACUGCUGACGUUGUAGCUUUUGAAACGAUGCCGUCCAUUGAAUCGGUCCUCACUGGUGAAGAACCCUCCAAAUGUGUAAAUGUGUGCAACUUGGAAACCUUCUCAUUUCUUUAGGGAAUAUCACUUCCCUGUUAUUUUGAGCCACAACACACACCUACUGUCUAAUUCAUUAAUGUGAAACGGGUGGAAAAUGUGAACCAUCAUUCAGAUUCUGUAUAAAAGAACCCAAAUGUGACCCGGGCUCAUUUCUUAAGAUGUGACAUGACUCUUUCUGUUAGCUCUUCUCAGCCCAUUUGUCAAGACAGAGGACAUUGUGGAACUGUUGGGACACCAUCGUAGGGCUUUGUUUUAAAUCGCAUAUUUUUGUAUAUGGAGAAAAGUAUUGAAUUGUAUUUAUAUUGGCCGGUUUCCAUCCAAGAUUCCCGAUCCUGUCACACACUCUCAUCUGAGCAGCUUUCAACACAUGAUGCACACGUAUACAUACAUGCAUAGAAAUGUAUAUGAUUAUUUGUAAUUGCUUUUGCUAAUUAAAGUUUUGUUUUGUUUUUUUUACUUAUGUUUAAUGUGUUUGUGUUAGGAUUUUUUACAUUUUUUUUUUAUUUGUUA